AUGUCCUUAUCUUCGAUGGAGAGAGGCCACAAGGCGGUGAAAUUGACUUCAAAGAACCUCUUUGACAGCGUCUUCUCUGCCAUCCCGGCGGAUGUUUCGAUUAAUUACAACUCCAACUCCUUAUUGGAGGCACUACCUAUCAUGAAGGAGUCCGACAUCGACGUGUCUAGCAGUGCCGCGGGGAUUGACAGAGCCGCUCCCGGGGAAGGCGAGAACGGCGAGGAUAUUCUACUCCGGGACGAGGGGGAUGUGACCACGUUGGUAAUUGGUCCUGAUAGGCUAAGGCAGGGCAUGGGGGUGAGAAUGACGGCUCUACAGACGACCUCCAUUGCAGGGCUUCGUGUGGGAAGCUUGGAUGGCCACGCACCGGGUGCUCAAGUCUCGCAUUCGAAUCAAGACCCGGGGGUGGUGAAGUUCGAGUUGGAUCUGGAAGAUGAGGCUAUUAAGGUGGCGACACGGCAUGCAGAGGACCUAUCUGAGUACCAGCGUCUACAGCGGGAGGUCGAGGAGGAGGAGAUGGCCGUGUACCACGCGCGCGAUCGACAGGGGCAAGUAGGUCAUUCCCUUACCGGGAAGGAUAGAGAGGAGGGCAGUGGUGGCGUGCGGCGCCACCAUGGACAGUUCGCGCGGGGUAAUCGACUGAGGGAGGACGAGUCUACAAAGGGCUCGAAGCAGAACCCCAACGCGGGUCUUGGAAUAGGAACAGGUGGUGAGGAAGGUGAGGGGUCAACUGGACCAGUCGCGUCAUCUGAAAAUCCGUCUAUGCAUGGUAACGGCGAGGCCUGUGGGGGGAAGGUCCGGCCGUACCUCACGCCGGAGGAGCAGCUGCGGAAUAUGCCGCCGGGGCUCAACCGGCUGUACCGCGGGCACUGCGUGAUGCUCCGGCAGAGCCGCGGCUUUGGUUUCCUCGCGCCCGAGCUCGGCGGCCCCGACGUCUACUUCACGCUGGACGGCGUCCGCCCCACUUUCAGCGCGCUUGCCCUCGCGGCUUUCCACAUGCGGCGGGGGGGGGCCGUCCCACCCUCCGUCGCCGCGGUCCUCCAGGCCGCGCCACUGAUCGAGGAGGGAAGGAGGGAGGGGGAGGGUCUAGACCUCACCGCGGAGGAGCGGGAGAAGGCCUCGGAAGCCGCCGCGCUACUCAGCCCGGACACGGCGCGCCUUCUCCAGUACCACUUCGACUGCGUUAAGGGGGGAACGGUCAUGGUGAAGGAGGCCCUGACCUUCACGGUCCAGCGUAAUCGGACCGUGGGUGGCGGUAGCCGACUGCUCCGUGCGGACUUCAUCCGGGGUCUGCCGGAGAACGCCUACGCGACUCAAACCGAGCAGGCGUGGUUUUGGCCAUUGUUCCCCAAAGCUGUGGGUCGAAAGAUAACAGAAGAGGGCCCGGACAACGCGCACGACACUUUUUCGAACGCUGGAAAGGCCGCUGAUGGUGUGGUGCCUACGGACAGCCUGAAGGAAGGCGGCGCUGAUUUGAAGGCACCGUCUCCUAAGGACAGGGACAUGGUUUCUAUUGAUGGCGAAGCGACUGUCAAGAAGGAUGAGACAAAAGAGAAACCACACACAUUAGCACAAACGCAAGUGUUGGUGCGUUAUUUGGGCACGGUGCGUACUUACGACACUGAUGAGCGUCGCGGCUACAUCCGAUGUGACGAGCUGGGCGACUUGGGUGUCUUCUUCUACGCGGAGGCGGUCUUGUGGGGGGUCGGCCUAGCCCCUCCCCAGCGCCGCAUAAUGGAAGGGAUGCGUGUGCAGUACAGCGUGGCUAAUCGAGAUCGCAAUCGCAAGUACCUCGCUACCCUCAUCACAAGUAUCGAUGGUAGACCUUUUUCCUUGGAGAAUAUCCAUUUCACUGAAAACCUGAGGGGAUCUUCGCUGAGCGGUAGUGGCGGUCCGACAAACGACAGUGACGUAACCGGUGUUGGAGCCCAGAGCCACUUUAAGGAGCGAGAGAUCGAGGAUUUGGAGUCUCGCCAAAAACGACAGCGCGAAGAGGACAACACACAACUGCUCCUGUUCGAGGAGGACGAUUAUGCCGUGAUUUAA